AUUUUAGACGAAGCAAAACAUUUUGUAUUAGUUUUCUCUGAGAAGACUAUUUGUAUUGUUAUAUACAUAAAUACAUAGAAGGAAUAUUAAUUAACUAUGGCUGCAGCAAGAACUCUCAUUUCUCUACUUGUUAUUCUUCUUGGUUUUUCUCACCUGUUAUGCUCUAAUGCUAUCCCACUUACAAGGAAUGAAAGAUUGAUGAUGCAAAAUGGAGUUCAAGCUCAACUUCCUACAGCAACAAAUAAUCUGGCAAAAGCUGAGAAUAUUGUUUGGGAGGCUGAUGAAACUAUUAUUCCAGAAAGAAUGGAUGUGGAGCUUCAUGACUAUCCUGGUUCUGGUGCCAAUAAUCGCCACACUCCAAAGCCCCAAGGGAAAUGUGCUGAGUGUUAGUUCAGUCUUCUCUAUAUAAUAUAUAAAUAUAUAGUAUUGGAAUACUGUGUUAUGGUCAGCAAUUUGUAACAAGAUUUCUCUUCUUUGUCACUCAAUUAAGUUGAUUAAGAAGAUGCAUGGCAUAGUAAUAUAGUAUGGUAUGAGUGAGAGUAGAUAUAUAGUAGGUGAAUAAGAGUAGCCAAAUAUUUAGUAGUAUAUAUAAUGGAUACACAUAUACAGCUAGGUAUAUUGGUUACUAUUAUUCUUUAUAUAUAUAUAUAAAUAUUAAUAGUAGGAAAUUAAUAUGUAGCUAUUUGGCUAUUAUAUGACUAAUGAAGGAGAGAAAAGGAAAACAGUUCCCUUGGUGGACAUUUAAUGGUUUUAAUCACUUCGUUGGA